AUGCUUACUCGACCCUGCACUUUUAUUUUGUGCAUAACUAUGGCCCAGAUUCCUGGCCAGGAGGAUAAAGAGAAAACAACUGCACUGAAAGACUUGUUGUCAAGAAUAGACUUAGACGAACUAAUGAAGAAGGACGAACCUCCACUCACUUUCCCCAAGACGCUUGAAGAGAUUGAGUACACUUUCAACGAGCAGGGCCAGUUGAGGCACACCACGACAGGGGAGGCGUUUGUGUUCAACGCCCGAGAGGAUCUCCACAGGUGGAAUCAGAAAUGCUACGAGGCGUUGGGAGAGAUCGUUACACAGUAUGUUUAUGAACUGUUGAAGAAGUGUAAUAUGACGAAAGUAAUCUUGCCAGAGGGUUAUGGUGUGAUGGUGCUCAACCCCAAUGAGAACCACCUGGAAGUGGAGAGGCCGGCCAAGCCCACGCCCCUGCCCUCCCCCGAGGUCUCGGACGAACCCGCCGAGAAGAGAGAGCGCAAGGACGACCGGGAGAGCAAGAAGAGGAACUUCUAUGAGAAGUACCGCGACCCGCAGAAGGAGGGAGAGACUGAACAGAUCCCCAUACGGGAAAACGGCUCCCCCGAGGAACACUUGCUGUACGUGUGGGACCACUUUGUGUCCAACGCCGCCGCCAGAAAUGUCUUCAUUGUGGCGCACAGCUACGGAGGCUUGUCAUUGGUGGAUCUGAUGAGUCAGAGAGAAGCUCAGGUAAAGGACAGGGUGUGUGCCGUGGCCAUGACCGACUCCGUCCACAACAUCUGGCACCAGGAUGCCAGCAAGAGCAUCCAGGAGUGGCUGCAGCAGCACUGCCGGAACUGGGUGUCAAGCCCCGAGCCCCUGGACACACCGGUGGAGCCCAUGCUACCAGACUGCCCUCGCCUCUCUGCAGGUACAGAGCGACACGGGCUGACAUCAUGGAGGAGUUUCAACUCCAUCUUCCAGUUCUUCAGCAAGGCUCUACAGACUGGGGAUGAGUACGAGGAGUUCUCCAACACGGUCCCCACACGCAGCUCCCACAGGACCAAACAUGACCACAACCACGACGACUAGAACUACACCAACAGGAGGGAA